CUCUCUCUCUCUCCUCUUCUCUUCUCCAUCGCCUCAAAACACCGAUUAAAAAACAACCCAGAUCAAGAAUUUUAGAACCCAAAACUCAAUCCAAACCCAGAUCAAGAGAGGUUUGAGUUCAUGGUCCUUUGCUCUAUGUAUGUGAGUGGGAUUGUAAGAUUGGAUUUUAUUUUGGUGGGAAGCUGGGGGUUUGAUUUUCUUUAGCUGGACAUGACGGAGUGGGGAAGCUGGGAUUUGGAUCUUUUGUGGUUGCAUGGUUUGGUGGUUGGUAAAAUCAUUGAAGAUUUUGAACUAUUCUUCAAGGUUGUAGGGGCUUCUUCUUCGCUUGAUUUGAUUCGAGGAGUGCAGAUGGGAGUUGUGUGAUUAGAGGGACAAGGACUGUCCAUUUGAAAAAUAAAUGAGGGCAUUAUGGGAAAGCCAAAAUUUCAUUAAAACCACCGGUUAAAUUUUUUUUUAAGCAGCUUUUGAAAGCUGCCUUCUCCCUGCUUUGGAAAAACAGCGGUCACUGACCGCAAUUUUUUUAAAAAGCUGAUUCUUGAUGUUUACCAAACACCUUAGUACUGAAUUUUUUUUUUAAAGCUGCUUUUUAAAAAAUUUAAGCACUCCCAAACGCUACCUUACUUUCCCCACGCGGCUUCAGGAAGUGAAAAUGAACCCUGCACAAGACUUUUAGAGGGAGCUCUUUGGACGUGGACUUGUUAAAACAUGAAAGGUUUUGUGUUGAUUUUUCUCAAUCAUACAAUCCGUUAAUAUACAAAUUUGUAUACUCUCUCAAAGAAAAUCAAUACAAAAUCAGAUAAGGUUUCUCUCUGCUUUUUCUUCAAUUCUUCAAUGUUCAAAUUCUUAUUCAGGUUUAUGGGGAGUUGGGUUACUCCCCCAUUGCCAAUUGAUUUCGGGAAACCUCAACUUCCUUCAGAUCUGCCCCCUAUGACAACUCAACCAGUCUUUUCUUCUUCUUCUUCUUUUUCAUAUGAAGUGUUUUUGAGUUUUAGAGGUGAGGAUACACGCACCAAUUUUACAGAUCAUUUGUACAAGGCCUUGUGUGAUAAGGGCAUCUACACCUUCAUUGAUCGAGAGCUUGUAAGAGGAGAAGAAAUAUCGCCAGCCCUUGUCAAAGCAAUUGAAGAAUCAAGAAUUUCUCUCAUUGUAUUCUCUGAAAACUAUGCAUCUUCGAGGUGGUGCUUGGAUGAACUUGUCAAGAUCCUUCAAUGUAAACAAUCAAACCAACAAAUAGUUUUGCCCAUUUUUUACAAGGUGGAUCCCUCAGAUGUACGACACCAAAGAAGUAGUUAUGGUGAUGCAUUUGUUCACCAUGAAAGCAAAUUCAAGGAUGAUAAGCAGAAAGUGCUCAAAUGGAGGAGAGCUCUUAAGGAAGCAGCAAAUUUGUCUGGAUGGCAUUUCAAGGAGGGACAUUAUGAAGCUACAUUUAUCAACAACAUUGUUGAUGGAAUCUUAAGCCGAGUACCCACAUAUUGGAAUGUGGCCAAGUACCCAGUUGGAAUUCAGUCUCAUGUACAAGAUGUGAAAAAGCUUUUAGAUGUUGGUGGGAAUGGUCAUCGCAUGGUUGGGAUAUGGGGGACAUCCGGAAUAGGCAAGACAACAAUUGCAAAAGCUAUAAGGAAUGCAAUUGCCCAUGAGUUUGAAGGAAGUUGUUUCUUGCCAAAUGUCAGAGAAGGAAGCUUAGUCCAGCUACAGGAGACUCUUCUUGAUAAGAUUCUAGGCAAAAAUUUGAAAAUUGGCAAUGUUGAUGAAGGAAUCGGUGUUAUAAAAGAACGGCUGAGGCAUAAAAAGAUUCUAUUAAUUCUUGACGAUGUGGACCAAUUGGAGCAGUUAGAAAACUUGGCUGGAGAUGAUUGGUUUGGUGACGGUAGUAGAGUAAUCAUUACUACAAAAAAUAGGAGAUUGCUAAACAAUCGUGAAAUUGAGUUGAUAUACGAGGUGAAGAAGUUAGAUUGCAACCAAGCUCUUGAGCUUUUCAGUUGGCAUGCAUUCCGAAGAAGUGAACCUCCAAAAGAUUAUUUGAAACUCGCACAACGUGCAAUAGCUUUUGCUGAUGGCCUUCCACUAGCUCUAAAAAUUUUAGGUUCUCAUCUUCGUGGUACAGAUAUACGACUUUGGCAAGAUACAUUAAAUGGUUACGAAGGAGAACCUUAUACCCAUAUUGAAAGAAUACUUCAAAAAAGUUAUGAUGCCUUGGAUCAUCGCGCAAAAGAAUAUUUUCUUGACAUUGCAUGUUUCUUUAAAGGUGAAUAUGAGGACUAUGUGCUACGAAUAGUACCCAAAAUAUUCAUUGAAGAAUUCGUUGAUAAGGCAUUGAUAACUAUUGAAGGGAGAAUGAUUUUAAUGCACGACUUGCUAGCAAACUUGGGCAAGGAUAUAGUUCACAAAGAAUCCCCCAAUGAUCCUGGCCAGCGUAGUAGAUUGUGGUUUUACGAGGAUGUCAUACAAGUUCUAAUGGAAAGUACAGGAACAAGAAAUAUUAAAGGCAUCAUGGUGAAGCUUCCGAAAGCAGCUAAGAUAACUUUGAAUCCAGAAUGCUUCCGUAAUAUGGUGAAUCUUAAAAUUUUUAUAAACCAUAAUGCAUCUCUAUGUGGGGACAUUAACUAUCUGCCCAACGUGUUAAGAUGGAUUGAUUGGGAUGGAUAUCAGUUACAAUCUUUGCCACCCAAUUUUCAAGGAAAUCAUCUUGUUAAGUUCAAAAUGUCUCGCAGUCAUAUCAGACAAUUGGAGGGAUUUAAGCAUUUGCCAAACCUGACACAUAUGAAUUUGAGUGGUUGUCAAUUCUUAGAAAAAAUCCCAGACUUAUCCGGAAUCCCAAACAUAAAGGACUUGAAUCUAAGUGGUUGUACAAGUUUGGUUGAGGUUGAUGAUUCUGUUGGACUCCUUGAUAAACUUGUUAAAUUGGAUCUCAGUGAAUGCGUUAAGCUUACGAGGUUUGGAACAAGACUUAGAUUGAAAUCUCUUGAAGAACUUGAUCUUAGAAAUUGCAAAAGGCUUGAGAGUUUCCCAGAAAUAGAAGUCGAGAUGGAAUCACUAUGGAGAUUGAAUAUGCAAGAAAGUGGCAUAAGAGAAUUGCCUCUAUCAAUUUCAUAUCUUACUGGGCUUCAAUCAUUGAAUCUUAGUGGAUGCUUCAAUCUUACUGGGUUUGAAUUACGGCUGCUUUAUUGCUGGUCCACAUUACAAGAACUUCGUCUAGCUGGAAUCAAUUUUGUCACGCUUCCGGAAUGCAUUAGCAAAUUUGUGAGCUUGAACGAGCUUGACUUGUGUGAUUGCAAGUAUCUACUAGAAAUUCCACAAAAAGUGCUUCCACCAAGUUUAGAUACGGUAUACCUGGAUGACUGCACAUCAUUGGGUAAAAUUCCAAAUUUGCCAUCGGAGGUUGAGGAUAAGUAUCUGAGUUUGAUCAAUUGCGUUGGACUACGUGGCUAUGACAUCACAGAAAAUAGUAUUCUGGAUCAGGUAUCUUCUCAUCCGGAUUCUCAAUUUCAAAUUACUCUUCCAGGCGAUGAAGUACCAAAGUGGUUCAGCUGUUGUAAAGAUGCGACACUAGUUAAAGACGAAUACUCUUCUAAGGUUGUUGCUCGAUGCGAAGUUAGUUUUGAAAUUCCUCCAAAUUUAGAUUGGGAGACGUUAAGAUUGGUUCUAUGUGUUGUUGUUAAUAAAGGAAACGCAUAUGGGGUAACGGAAAGUCCAUUAUUGAAAACAGGUCCCGGCGGGGCAGAGACAAGUGUUCAUAUCAAUAGAAAAAAGGUCCAAUCGACAUCUUAUGAGGUAACGGAAAGUCACGUGGCUCUUUAUUGUAUUCCAUUAUUGAAUCGGAGCGAGUUAGGUGUGGGAGAAGAACUGACGCGGUUGCAGCAGGGUAAUAUGUGUCAAAUUAUAUUUGAGUUCUGGAAAAUGCCCACAUCCGUUAAAAUCCUCUGCGGGGUCCACCUAUUAGGCCACCAGGUUGCUGAUGUCACAGUUGAUCGUGGGCAAAGGCAGUGUUUGUUGCCUGAUGCGAUGGCAGUGGACGAUGAUGAUGAUGAUGAUGACGAUGAUGAUUAUGAUGACGAUGACGAUGUUGCUAAAAUGCCCUGCGGGGUCCACCUAUUAGGCCACCAGGUUGCUGAUGUCACAGUUGAUCGUGGGCAAAGGCAGUGUUUGUUGCCUGAUGCGAUGGCAGUGGACGAUGAUAUUCAUGAUGAUCAACACCAAGACAACGAAUUGCUUUCCUUGACUUUAGCAUCAAAGACUAGUCUUGGCAAGAGGCUUUGCGGAUCAGAUUUCAUGGCACUUUAUGAUGAUCAUCGUGCUAAUGUUGGUGCACAGGAAGCUCAAUGGCUUACCUUGUUUACGGAACCAGCGGAUCACCCAAAGAGGAGGCACAUUGAUCUUAAUGAGGAGCCAAGGCAAUGAAGUUCCAAAGUGGUUUAUGUAAGCCCCAGGUUCAGCUGUCGAUACGAACCAAAUUUCCAGGCAAUGGUCUGGUAAUCAAGAGGUGUGUUGAGGCGCCAGCAGUUUCUGAGAUUCCAUUUUAAGUUGCAUAAGGCAAUACCUUUCUUCUCAAUUGAUGCAUCCAGCAUUUAUCCGCAGAUGAACAAAACAGCAAGCCGGAUUUAUCUAAUGCUUUCAUUCCACACGUAUACUUUGUCUAUGAUUCUUCUGUCUCAUUCAUUGGAAUUGAUGUAUGUUGGGGAUGAAAUGUAACAGAUUUUUCUAUUUCAUAAUUUCCAAUCAAGGUUUGUUGAAAA